GAUAACGAACAAAAUAGAAACCCUAGCUCCUUUUUCUUUCCCAAUUUGCUUCGCACCCGAAAUCCAAGUUAAAAAGACAGGUCAAAUUCAGCUUGCUCAUUCCUGUAUCACAUUUGAUUAUAGAAGCACCACGCUUAUCGUCUAGUGUAAUUUAAUCCCCUUAUUUAUUUCCUGCUUUCUCUUCUGCUUGUUUUGAUCAAGGCAAUCUGACAGAAUUUAGAUUGCUAAACUAGCCUUUACCUUUUGAGCUUCAGCCUGACAUCUAAAUUUCAAGAAGUUCAUAUCUUCAUAUUGUUUUGAUCCUAUUUGAUCAUCAUCGUCCUCUUGAUUAUCAUUCAGAAUUCUCUAAUACCUUUCUCUAUUAAUACUGCUGCUACUUAUUUUGUUCUUUUGGAGAAAAUCUGUCUCUUUGAAUAUCCUUUGGAGCUAUAUUUUAUGGCUCAUUUCGAUCUUUAUUCUCACCCUUCAACUCCUUUUGGCCUUUCUCUAUGUUUCCUCCAUUCCAUAUUUGCAAACUUCCUUCUCCAAAUUGCUUCUGGCUUCUGGGCUUCUUUCACAGCUUCGCUGAAAGCUUAUUUAGUAAGAUACAUAAGAUGCCGAGAGGGAAAAGUGCUGCUGCACCUAGAAAGGCAGUUGAACAGGAAAGGCCGGGAGAACAGGUAGACUUUGAUGCUGACAAUGAUCCCGAAGAGACAAUGGAGGAAGAGGUUGAAUAUGAAGAAGUAGAGGAAGAAGUGGAUGAAGAGGAGGAUGAGGUAGAAGAACAGGAAGUGGAUGGAGAAGAACAAGAAGAAGAAGAGGAGGAGGAGGAGGAAGAGGAGGAGGAGGAAGAGGAGGAAGAAGAAGAGGAGGUAGAAGAAGAGGCAGAAACUGUUGAUGCAGAAGCAAGCCCCAGUGAUGAUGAAGAUAUGAAUGUUGCCGAGGCAGAGGAUGAGGACGAGAACCCUGAACAUGCUGCGCUUCUUGCACUUCCUCCUCAUGGGUCUGAGGUUUAUGUUGGUGGGAUUCCUCAUGGUACUUCUGAAGAAGAAUUAAGGGGAUUUUGCGAGUCUGUAGGAGAGGUGACCGAGAUUAGAAUCAUGAAAAGCAAAAAUGCGUCGGAGAAUAAGGGCUAUGCAUUUGUGACAUUUAGGACGAAACAGUUGGCUGAUAAAGCAAUUGAAGGUCUGAAUAAUACUGAAUUCCAGAGAAGAAGGAUAAAAUGUUCGUCCUCUCAAGCGAAACAUCGAUUAUUCCUUGGUAAUGUUCCAAAAAGUUGGGGAGAGGAAGAUUUGAAAAAGGUCAUUAUGGAGAUUGGGCCAGGAGUUGGUAAUGUGGAGCUGCUAAAGGAUCCGCAGAACUCCAACCGUAACCGUGGUUUUGCAUUCAUUGAGUAUUAUAACCAUGCGUGUGCUGAGUAUUCAAGGCAGAAGAUGUCGACCCCUACAUUCAAGCUGGAAAAGAAUGUUCCUACAGUUAGCUGGGCAGAGCCUAAGAACGCAGAUUCUAAUUCUAGCUCACAGGUAAAGGCAGUCUACGUGAAAAACUUGCCAUCUGACAUUACUCAGGAUAAGUUAAGAGAAAUGUUUGAACAUCAUGGAGAGAUCACGAAAGUGGUAUUACCACCUGCAAAGUCUGGCCAAGAAAAUAGCAGAUUUGGUUUUCUGCACUUCGCACAAAGGGCUAGUGCUAUGAAUGCAAUAAAGGAUACUGAAAAAUAUGAAAUUGACGGUCAAGUUAUUGACUGUUCUCUUGCAAAGCCGCAGGCAGAUAAAAAACCUGAUAGAGGGUCCAGUUCACAUAAGUCGGCCUUGCUUACAGGUUAUCCGCCUCCUUUGGGCUAUGGGAUGGCUGGUGGUGCAUAUGGUGGUCUAGGUGCAGGAUAUGGUACCUCGGGGUAUGCACAGCCGCUGAUCUACGGUAGGGGACCAACCCCUGCGGGCAUGUCUAUGAUGCCAAUGCUUUUGCCUGACGGGCAGAUCGGAUAUGUCCUGCAGCAGCCUGGAGCACAGCAGUAUCCCCCCCCUCCACAACAGAGAAGUGGAGGUGGUAGGAGUGGAAGCAGAGGUGGCGGAAAUAGAGGUGGCAACUCAAGUGGGGGUAACCAGAACAACGACGGUGGACAUGGGAGCAGAUAUCGCCCUUAUUGAUAAUCAUGACACUGUAACCUUGUAGCCAUAGUCUGAUUUGGGUGGAGCAUCUCACCCUUGAAUCUUAUCUUCUUGUUUUUAUGCUUGUAUUGUUGUAUCAAUAAACACAGUUGAAGGUGAAAAAGUACAACCUAUUCAACUGUACCCUCUUGCACUGUAGCUCAAUAACAACACCAGCAAUGCUAAUUUAGAGAACAAUUGAUCAAAAGAAUUUAAUAGUGAAUGUUAAAGCUAACAGAAAUUGAAGGUCUUC